GGUAGGCUGGCAGAUACGUUCGUUAGAUUACUCCUUUCUGCCCGUGGACGCCGCCGAGUAAGCAUCGUUGAAGUCUCCCCUCCCACCGCCGUCAUGUCUAAGUCAGAGUCUCCCAAAGAGCCUGAACAGCUGCGGAAGCUCUUCAUCGGAGGUCUGAGCUUUGAAACAACCGAUGAGAGUCUGAGGAGCCAUUUUGAGCAAUGGGGAACACUUACGGACUGUGUGGUAAUGAGAGAUCCGAACACCAAGCGCUCCAGAGGCUUUGGGUUUGUCACAUAUGCCACUGUGGAGGAGGUGGAUGCAGCCAUGAAUGCAAGGCCACACAAGGUGGAUGGAAGAGUUGUGGAACCAAAGAGGGCUGUCUCAAGAGAAGAUUCUCAAAGACCUGGUGCCCACUUAACUGUGAAAAAGAUUUUUGUUGGUGGCAUUAAAGAAGACACUGAAGAACAUCAUCUAAGAGAUUAUUUCGAACAGUAUGGGAAAAUCGAAGUGAUUGAGAUCAUGACUGACCGAGGCAGUGGCAAAAAGAGGGGUUUUGCUUUUGUAACAUUUGAUGACCAUGAUUCUGUAGACAAAAUUGUCAUUCAAAAAUACCAUACUGUGAAUGGCCACAACUGUGAAGUAAGGAAAGCGCUCUCUAAGCAAGAGAUGGCUAGUGCUUCAUCCAGCCAAAGAGGUCGAAGUGGUUCUGGAAACUUCGGUGGUGGUCGUGGAGGUGGUUUUGGUGGGAAUGACAACUUUGGUCGCGGAGGAAACUUCAGUGGUCGAGGUGGCUUUGGUGGCAGUCGAGGUGGUGGUGGAUAUGGUGGCAGUGGGGAUGGCUAUAACGGAUUUGGUAAUGAUGGUGGUUAUGGAGGAGGCGGCCCUGGUUACUCUGGAGGAAGCAGAGGCUAUGGAAGUGGUGGACAGGGUUAUGGAAACCAGGGCAGUGGCUAUGGCGGGAGUGGCAGCUAUGACAGCUAUAACAACGGAGGAGGCGGAGGCGGCUAUGGCGGUGGUAGUGGAAGCAACUUUGGAGGUGGCGGAAGCUAUAAUGAUUUUGGCAAUUACAACAAUCAAUCCUCAAAUUUUGGACCCAUGAAAGGAGGCAAUUUUGGAGGCAGAAGCUCUGGCCCUUAUGGUGGUGGAGGCCAAUACUUCGCCAAACCACGAAACCAAGGUGGCUAUGGUGGUUCCAGCAGCAGCAGCAGCUAUGGCAGUGGCAGAAGGUUUUAAUUACUGCCAGGGAGGAGUCUGCUACUCCAGGCUAAUCAACUCUCUUUAAAAAAAACAAAACAAAAAAAAAUACAAAAAAAAAAUACAAAAAAAUCAGAAACUCAUCUGUCCAAAUUUAUGGCUAAAAGGUAAGCUUUUUAUGAACUUGAUCAGCAAAAGUGCUUGGUAUUACCAAAGUAGAGAAUGACAAGCUGCCUAAGAACCAAAAAAAAAAAAAAAAAAUGGGAUCUCAUAGUCUACCAUUUUGCCCACAAAAUACCUAAAGCGGUUGAUUUCCCAGUAAACAGAAUGAGUAAUUGCAGAAUCUUUCAAGUGCAUAUGUAAACACUUCAUAACUUUUUCUUUCUUUCUUUCUUGCAGCAACAUCCUUCCUUAAUGAGGACAACCUUUCUUUAUCUGAGCCACUGCCCCUCAUUUUCACUGCCAUGGGGUUAUUAGCUGCUAUGCAGCUUGAAUUAAUCAUUCAGUUUUAUGAAUGGACUUUUUAAUAAAAUGCUUUUAAUUUG